AUGCAUCAACGCCGAAGACCGCUGGAUCAACUUCUGAAAAAAGAUGCUAAAUUCAUUUGGAGUGCCGAAUGCCAACAAGCCUUCACCGACAUCAAGCAAGUUCUUCAGUCGGACCUAUUACUUACCCACUAUGACCCAGCGUUGGAGAUCAUCGUGGCGGGUGAUGCAUCCAACACCGGCAUUGGAGCGGUCAUCAUGCAUCGUUUCCCGGACGGUCGUAUCAAGGCAGUCGCUCAUGCGUCCAAGACUCUGUCGUCGGCUGAACAAAACUACGGACAAAUCGAAAAGGAGGCGCUCGCUCUGGUCUUUGCUGUCACCAAGUUCCACCGCAUGCUGUUGGGACGAAGGUUCAAGCUACAGACUGACCACCAGCCACUGGUGAAAGUCUUUGGAUCGAAGAAAGGAGUUCCCAUCCACACGGAAAAUCGGUUGAAGCGUUGGGCACUUACACUGCUUGGGUACGAUUUCGAUAUCGAGUUCGUAUCUACCAACAAUUUCGGCUAUGCGGAUGUACUAUCGAGGCUCAUCAGCAGCCACGAGCGACCAGAGGAAGAAUUUGUGGUGGCAAGUGUCAACAUCGAGCCCGAUCAGCAGUGCAUUCUGGACAGCACCAUCGAACACCUACCAGUCGAUAUGGUGCAGAAAGCUACGUCAGCAGACCCAAUGUUGCAGCGACUCAUCCAGUACAUCAACUCCGGCUGGCCCAAGAACGGAAAAUCGAUUCAGAAUGUAGCAUUGCAGACGUUUUUCCAUCGGCGUGAAUCAUUAUACGUUGUACAAGGUUGCGUGAUGAUGAUGGAACGCUACAUCGAGGUCAUCCCGGAAUCGAACGAGUCAAAGUCAUCGCUCGGAGCAUCAUCUACUGGCCGAAGAUCGAUGACGACAUCACUGAGUACAUUCGAAGCUGUACCAGCUGUGCGAAUGCGAAAAAAUCUCCACCACAAGCAGAGCCACAUGUGGCAGACCGCAGAAGGUCCAUGGGAACGUAUUCAUUUGGACUAUGCCGGACCGAUCGACGGGUUCAGCUAUCUGGUCAUCGUCGAUUCCUUUUCCAAGUGGCCAGAGAUGUUCCAGACGAAAUCAACGACAGCUUCUUCGACGAUCGGGUUCCUCACUGAGAGCUUUGCCAGAUUUGGCGUACCGAAGGUAAUUGUUUCUGAUAAUGGAACCCAGUUCACUGGAUUCGAAUUUCGUUCCUUCUGCGAAAAGCUGGGCAUCAUCCAUUUCCGCACCGCACUGUUCCACCCCCAAUCGAAUGGUCAAGCGGAAAGAUUCGUCGACACGCUUAAGAGGUCACUGCGCAAAAUCCAAGAGGGGGAAGGAUUACGAGCAUCUGCAGCACUACAAACCUUUCUGCAGGUGUAUCGAGCAACUCCGUCCAAUCUGCUCGAGGGCAAAUCCCCUUCGGAAGUGCUGAACGGCAGAAAAAUGCGGACAACAUUGGAUUUGCUGAAGCCUUCGAAUAUACUUCCACAACCACCGGUAGCAGCCAAGCCUUGCCAAGCACGGAAACUUGCAGCCGGAUCACUGGUAUUCGCGAAGGUGCACAAAAACAACACCACCUGGAAGUGGCAAUCUGGAGUCAUCAUUGAGGCGAUUGGGAAUGUACAUUACAAUGUACUUCUUGAUGCACCAUCCGGACGGAAGCGGCUAAUUCGUUCUCACAUCGAUCAACUUCGGACCAACGACACUGGAAAACAAAAAAAAACAGAAAUUAAACUACCGCUGAGCAUUCUUUUGGGCGAUUUCGGAAUGACAACAAAUGCGGAGUUUCCCGACGAAAAUUCUUCUUUUGUUUCAGCACAAGAAUUUCCUGACCUUCCGGACGAUCCGGAACUUCCAGACGAUCCUGAACUGCCGGACGAUGAACCAGAACCUAUUCAACCUGGACCGUUUUCUGCAGUACAUGGUUCUACGCUGGCACGAUCAAAGCCAAAACGAAACAUCAACCCUCCACAUCGUUUUCAAGACUAUGUUCUUUCUUAG